UAAAACGCAUACCUAACAGACACCGGCCUUGCCUGCCUGCGACACACGCAGCAAUCUAGCUCGUCACGUACACGUAAUAUAAUGGCCAUGGCCAAGGCGAUGCUUAGCUUGCUGGUGCACCUCCACGCCGCGCUCCUGUUCGUCCCGGAGCCCGCCGGCGCCGGCGCCGUGUACAGCGUCGUGCGCUACGGCGCCCGCGGCGACGGCGCGUCCGACUCGACGCGGCCGUUCCUCCGCGCGUGGGCCGACGCGUGCCGCUCGCCGCGCCCGGCCACGGUGUACGUGCCGCCGGGGAGGUACCUGCUUGGGCGCGCCACGUUCGUCGGCCCGUGCAGCAGCCGCGCCGUCGCGUUCUCCAUCGCCGGCACGGUGGUCGCGCCCGCCGGGUACGCCUGGGACGGCGCCACGGCCGGGCAGUGGAUCACGUUCGAGUCCGUCGUCGGCCUCACCGUCUCCGGCGGCACCCUCGACGGCCGCGGCGACGCCCUCUGGGCCUGCAAGAAGCAGCAGCCGCGCGGCCACUGCCCCACCGGCGCAUCGUCGCUGACGAUCUCGAACGCGAGGAACGUGGUGGUGGAGGGGGUGAGGUCGGUGAGCAGCGAGCUGUUCCACGUGGUGGUGCUGCAGAGCCGCGGGGUGACGGUGCGGCGGGUGACGGUGGAGGCGCCGGCGGACAGCCCGAACACGGACGGGAUACACAUCCACAAGUCGACGAACGUGGCGGUGUACGACGCCGCCAUCCGCACCGGCGACGACUGCGUCUCCGUCGGCCCCGGCAACUCCAACCUCUGGAUCGAGCGCGUCGCGUGCGGCCCCGGCCACGGCAUCAGCAUUGGGAGCCUGGGGAAGCAGCAGGGGAUGGCGGUGGAGGCGGUGCAGAACGUGACGGUGAAGACGACGUGGUUCACCGGCACGACCAACGGCCUGCGGAUCAAAACAUGGGGUAACUCCAAGCGGGGCUUCGUCAGGGGCGUCACGUUCUCGGACUCCACCAUGGCCGGCGUCGGCAACCCCAUCAUCAUCGACCAGCACUACUGCCCCGACGGCGGCUGCGGCGGCGCCGCGCGCGGGAGCAGCUCCGGGAUCAAGAUCAGCGAGGUGGAGUACGCCGACGUGCGGGGCUCGUCGGCGACGCCCGUGGCCGUCAGCUUCGACUGCAGCCGGAGCAACCCGUGCAGCGGGAUCAGGCUCCGGGACGUGAGGCUCACGUACCAGGGGAAGAGCGGCCGCCUGCAGGCCGCCGGGGCGGUGUCCUCCUGCCGCAACGCGCAGGGCACGGCCUCUGGCCUCGUCGUGCCGCCGAGCUGUAAGCGCAAAGCCCUAACUGAACACGGCUCGGUCCACCGACCACGCCCCCACGCCGUUGCAAACCAACCGGGCACCGCGACCCGACUACUACCCUCUUCAAGGCAACGUUGUACAAACCCGUCCACGAAUUCCACCGAAAACCGCAGCGAACGCACCUACCUACCACCCAAACGGCAAGCGGCAGUGCCAAUGGAGCAGCAACAGGCGGCGCCCAUGGCGAGGAACAGGAAGGUGGUGCUGCGCGAGUACAUCGCCGGCCGGCCGCCGAGGGAGGACGACAUGGUGCUCGUCGACGGCGGCACGGUGGCCCUGCGCGUGCCGGAGGCCGCCGCCCCCGCCCCGGCGGUCCUCGUGAAGAAUCUCUACCUCUCCUGCGACCCCUACAUGCGCGGCCGGAUGCGGGACUUCCACGGAUCCUACAUCCCGCCGUUCAAGCCCGGAUCCGUUAUUGAAGGGCUUGGAGUGGCGAGAGUGGUGGAUUCCACCCAUCCGGGAUUCAGCGCGGGCGACAUUGUCUCCGGGAUGACUGGUUGGGAGGAAUACAGUCUGAUCGACAGGCCUGAACAGCUGAGCAAGAUUCAGCAAAGUGACAUACCCCUCUCUUACCAUUUGGGGCUUCUUGGCAUGCCUGGUUUUACAGCUUAUGCUGGUUUCUAUGAGAUCUGCUCACCGAAGAAGGGCGAGUUUGUUUUUGUUUCGGCUGCAUCAGGAGCAGUUGGGCAAAUUGUAGGACAACUCGCAAAGCUUCAUGGAUGCUAUGUUGUGGGAAGUGCUGGAACAAAUCAGAAAGUUGAGCUCUUGAAGGGCAAGUUUGGAUUUGAUGCAGCUUUCAACUAUAAAGAGGAGCCUGACUUGACUGCAGCCUUGAAAAGGUAUUUCCCUGAAGGUAUUGACAUCUACUUUGAGAACGUAGGUGGUCCAAUGCUUGAUGCUGUACUCCUCAACAUGAGGACCCAUGGUCGCAUUGCCGUAUGCGGGAUGGUCUCUCAGAAUGCGCUGACUGAUCCUGUAGGGAUCCACAACAUCUUCUGCCUUGUACCAAAGAGGAUAAGAAUGCAGGGGUUCAUCCAGAGCGACCACCUCCAUAUGUUCCCACAGUUUGUCAGUGACAUGGCAAAGCAUUACAGAGAUGGCAAGAUUGUGUAUGUAGAAGACAUGAGCAUAGGGUUGGAGAAUGCACCUGCUGCGUUGGUUGGUCUAUUCAGUGGAAAAAAUGUUGGCAAGAAGGUUGUGUGUGUGUCACAGGAGUUAAGUCAGUUUACAUUCUGAUGAGUAUCAGAAACCUCUCUGAAUUGAGGUGAUAAGUAAUAGAUGUUUGUCUUAACAUGUUCAAAUUAUACCUGGGAAAAAAGUUCAAUUCGCUCACUCAAUACCAGUGAAAAUAUUAAUUACCA